AUGAAUACAACUCAUGCUCCCACAAGUCACAAGUGCCGUGUAAUUCCACGGUGUUUCUCUUUUCCGCUUAAUCUUAUCCGAUAUAUAAAUUUCCAUCUGCCAUCUCCGCCGCUGAAUUCCACCACCGUCACCGCCGACUUCUGUCUCGGACAAAAGCUUUUCCCAUCAGUACUCUGCUUAUCUUUGAACAAAGUCUCACCAUCAAGCCCAUUUGGGAUUAUGGAAGAAAAGGAUGUUUAUACGGAAGAUGGAACUGUUGAUAUUAACAAAAAUCCUGCCAAUAAGGAGAAAACCGGAAACUGGAAAGCUUGCCGUUUCAUUCUCGGAAAUGAGUGCUGUGAAAGAUUGGCCUACUAUGGAAUGGGCACUAACCUCGUGAAUUAUCUUGAGAGUCGUCUUAACCAAGGCAAUGCCAAGGCUGCUAAUAACGUCACGAAUUGGUCUGGAACGUGUUACAUAACUCCAUUGAUUGGAGCCUUUCUAGCUGAUGCUUAUCUUGGACGAUAUUGGACUAUCGCAACUUUUGUUUUCAUCUAUGUCUCCGGUAUGACUCUUUUGACAUUAUCAGCUUCGGUUCCUGGACUUAAACCAGGUAACUGCAAUGGCGAUACCUGUCACCCGAACUCGGGACAGACGGCUGUUUUCUUCGUUGCGCUUUACAUGAUUGCGCUUGGAACGGGAGGUAUAAAGCCGUGUGUCUCGUCCUUUGGAGCGGAUCAGUUCGAUGAGAACGACGAGGGUGAGAAGCUGAAGAAGAGCUCUUUCUUCAACUGGUUUUACUUCUCCAUCAACGUUGGAGCUCUCGUUGCCGCCACUGUUCUUGUCUGGAUACAGAUGAACGUAGGCUGGGGUUGGGGUUUCGGUGUUCCGACCGUGGCGAUGGUCAUUGCGGUUGUGUUUUUCUUCCUGGGAAGCCGCUUUUACAGGCUUCAGAGACCUGGAGGGAGUCCACUCACGAGGAUAUUUCAGGUUAUAGUUGCAGCUUUCAGGAAGAUGAGUGUUAAGGUUCCAGAGGACAAGUGUCUGCUCUUCGAAACUGCAGAUGAUGAGAGUAAUAUCACAGGUAGCAGGAAGCUCGAGCACACUGAAAACUUAAAGUUUUUCGACAAGGCAGCUGUUGAGAGUCAAUCCGAAAGCAUCAAAGACGGCGAGGUGAAUCCAUGGAGACUCUGUUCGGUGACGCAAGUGGAAGAGCUCAAGUCCAUAAUCACACUUCUUCCGGUUUGGGCCUCGGGGAUAGUGUUCGCCACGGUGUACAGCCAGAUGAACACGAUGUUCGUCUUGCAAGGAAACACAAUGGACCAACACAUGGGGAAAAACUUUGAGAUCCCAUCAGCUUCGCUCUCGCUUUUCGACACGGUGAGCGUGCUCUUCUGGACUCCUGUCUACGACCAGUUCAUCGUCCCGUUCGCGAGAAAGUUCACACGCCAUGAACGUGGCUUCACUCAGCUUCAACGUAUGGGAAUAGGUCUCGUGAUCUCCAUCUUCGCCAUGAUCACAGCAGGGGUUCUCGAGGUCGUUAGGCUCGAUUACGUCAAAUCUCACAAUGCGUACGACCAGAAAAAGAUCCCCAUGUCGAUAUUCUGGCAGAUCCCGCAGUAUCUACUUGUUGGGUGUGCGGAAGUUUUCACCUUUAUAGGUCAGCUUGAGUUUUUCUACGAUCAGGCUCCUGACGCAAUGAGGAGUCUCUGCUCGGCUUUGUCCUUGACCACGGUUGCUCUCGGAAACUACUUAAGCACGGUUCUUGUGACGGUUGUUAUGAAAACGACGACGAAGAACGGGAAACCGGGUUGGAUACCGGAUAACUUGAACCGGGGCCAUCUUGAUUACUUUUUCUAUUUGCUGGCAAUUCUCAGUUUCCUCAACUUCUUGGUUUACCUCUGGAUUUCAAAACGCUACAAGUACAAGAAAGCUAUAGGUCGGGCACAUUGAUGCAAAGAAACAAAACUUGCUUGUAAAUGUAAAAAUACGUGUAGUUGUUGAUGAUUGUUGGGUUUUGCUGAUUGUAUUUUGUGUUUCCUGAAUAAUAUUUCCACUUGUCUGUAAAAUGUUUGUUUGAUUAAGAAAAGGUUUGUUUAAUUAGGACGGUUUAAGUUGAAUAGUUUGAAAAAUAAUCUUGAUUUUUGAUUCUUGCAAAGCGUAUUCCCUUGGCUUAGGCUUUGCUUUGCAUACUUUUUGACAAGUACAUCAGAAGAAGUAACUCACAGUACGAAGUCAAUUACUU